AUGUCCGCCCCCACCGAGACUACCCCCGUUGCCGUCGUCGACGUCCCCCCCACCGUUGCUGAGGAGGUCCCCGCUGUCGAGGCUAAGCCUUGCUGUUCGCAAGAGUCGACCGAGUGCCAGGCUACCGAGGCUGCUCCUUCGAAGACCGAGGACGCCAAGGAGACGGAGGCGGCCUCGGAGGCCCACGAGAAGGCUACUGAUGAGGCUGCCGAGCCGGCCGAGAAGGUCGAGGAGAAGGUUGCUGAGGAGGCUGCCGAGCCCGAGGUCACCCCCGCCGAGGCGUAA